AUGUCCUCCGAUUCUUCAGAUCCUCUAUAUUGGAUGCGCGUUAUCCUAGCCUCGAACCGUGGAACACUCAUGGAACUCGGUAUCUCACCGAUUGUCACCUCCGGCAUGAUCAUGCAGCUGCUCGUGGGCGCGAACUUGAUUGAUGUAGAUUUCUCACUCAAGGAGGACAGAGCUCUCUUCGCAGGUGCACAGAAACUGUUUGCGAUUAUCAUAUCUCUUGGCCAAGCAACCGUAUACGUGCUGACAGGACUAUACGGUCAGCCAAAGGACCUUGGUGCAGGUGUUUGCUUGCUUAUCAUCCAACUCGUCUCGGCGGCUCUCAUCGUCACUCUCCUUGACGAACUUUUAACAUUAACAAAGGGGUACGGCCUCGGCUCAGGCAUCUCGCUCUUCAUUGCCACCAACAUCUGUGAAUCAAUCGUUUGGAAGGCAUUCUCCCCCACGACAGUCAACACCGGCCGUGGUCCCGAGUUUGAGGGUGCCGUCGUCGCCCUCGUCCACCUCCUCUUCUCCUGGAACGACAAGGGACGCGCACUUCAAGAGGGCUUCCGCCUCGAGAUUCCCGUCAAGUCGAAUGAAUUCCGGGGCCAGCAUGGCUCGUACCCCGUCAAGCUAUUCUACACGUCAAAUAUGCCGAUUAUGCUCGAGUCAGCACUUACGUCGAAUGUGUUUGUCGUUUCGCAGAUGCUCGCUACGCGCUUCCCUGAUAACUUGUUUGUUCGCCUUCUUGGUGUAUGGGAGCCCUAUAAGGACUCCCCUCAACUCGCAGCCACCUCCGGCAUUGCAUACUACAUGUCCCCUCCGCACACUGUAAAAGAAGCCAUCCUCGACCCCAUCCACACAGCUAUCUACAUUAUCUUCAUCUCAACCACCUGCGCGUUGUUCUCAAAGACCUGGAUCGAAGUUUCGGGCUCGGGUCCGCGCGAGGUGGCAAAGCAGCUUAAGGACCAGGGCUUGGUGAUGGCGGGGCACCGUGACGGCUCGAUGUAUAAAGAGCUCAAGCGUGUGAUCCCGACUGCCGCUGCGCUUGGCGGCGCCAUCCUUGGCCUGCUGUCUGUGUCGGCCGACUUGUUGGGCGCUAUAGGCUCUGGCACGGGCAUCCUGAUGGCCGUUACAAUCAUCUACAGCUACUGGGAGAUUGGUAUGCGGGAAUCUGGUGGGCCAGAGACGGUAGCUCUUAGAGAUUUUCUAUGA